GAGUGAAUAAGCAAAGCUGCCAGAGGUGAGAGAGUCGUGAGUCCUGCCUUUGGAUUUCUCUUGAAGACACUGUUGAACUUUAGCAGUACACAGUUUAUAACACUAACCUUCAAGAAGCUCACGGAAAAUGGUGGAUUCCUCAACUCGACCACACGAAACACAAGCUAAUGAAAACUGUUAGAAUAUGGAGUUGAAGUUGGAACUGUUUUGAUGUGCCACUUCAGCUCACUCCAUGUGGCACUACACAAUGCAUCAUCCCACCAUAGAGUACCAGAUGAAACUGGAGUUCUUCCGUAAGCUGGGCUACUCUCUGCAGGAGGUGCAAGCAGCUCUGCAGAAGCUGGGCUUGGGAACAGACACAAACGCUGUGUUGGGAGAGCUGGUCCGUGUUGGAGCCAGGACCUCACCUACAGUCAGUCAGGACAGUGAUGAGGGGUGCUCUAGCAUGACCCAGUUGGGAGGAGGUUCUUCCAGGAAGAAGGAGAGUCAUCAGGAACCUUGGCACUCAGCACAGGAGGACAUGGCUGAACCGGACAAUGACCUGAAACCCAUUGUCAUCGAUGGAAGCAAUGUGGCCAUGAGUCAUGGGAACAAGGAAACUUUUUCAUGCCGUGGAAUCCAGCUGGCAGUCAACUUCUUCCUUGAGAGAGGACAUAGGAACAUCACUGUGUUUGUGCCCUUGUGGCGAAAAGAGCAGCCCAGACCUGAUGUCCCUAUUUCAGAUCAGCAUAUUCUAGGAGAGCUGGAGAGGAAGAAGAUAGUUGUGUUCACUCCUUCACGGCGAGUAGGAGGCAAGCGUGUGGUCUGCUAUGAUGAUCGCUUCAUUGUUAAACUUGCUCAUGAAGUGGAUGGAAUCAUUGUGUCCAAUGACACGUACCGCGAUCUUCAGAGUGAACGGCCUGAAUGGAAGCGCUGCAUUGAGGAGCGGCUGCUCAUGUACUCUUUUGUCAAUGACAAGUUCAUGCCACCAGAUGACCCGCUUGGUCGUCAUGGCCCAAACUUAGAUGAUUUCCUCAGAAAGAAACCUCCAUUACCAGAUCCCAAACGCCAGCUCUGCCCUUAUGGAAAAAAAUGCACAUAUGGAAUCAAAUGUAAGUUCUACCACCCUGAACGCACCAACCAGUCCCAGCGUUCUCUAGCAGAUGAGCUGAGGGACAAUGCUCGACUAUCCAGUUCUGUCCAUUCUUGUCCAGAGAAUGGGCAAGGAGUAGAGGCUUCUCUCAGAGGGUCUUACCAUUGUGAACCUGGCUCUUGCUUUCCUUCUCUGGAGCAGGAGCUGGAAAAUAAGCUGACCCUGGACCCCAAGGGCUCUCUUCUCCAGAGCCAGUUCAGUGAUGGCAUGCUGCCUUACUAUGAUGACCUAAACUCUUGCAAGAACCAUGCCUCUAACCCAGUUAGCCACACCCCCCUGAACUGGCAUAAUUUGCAGUGUCCAUUCCUUCCUAACCCUUCUCUUUCUGGGUUUAGCUCAGACUCUGGUCUUGGCUCCUAUGAAAGUCAGUUAUCAGAGGUAUCACGAGGCCUGGAAGACUCGCUCAGAGUCAGUUCCAGACACCCUGGACCUUCUUAUGACCAGCAGGACUCUUCUCGUCCAUGUAGUUCAGCUGGACAAGGAGGGCACCACCAAUUUUGCCCUCUUGCCCAGGAUCCAGCUAACUUCUUUGGCUAUGUCACAUCACCUUACCCAAGGCCCAGCCCUGUCCACCACUACAGCCUGCCCACCUAUAUCCAGCCAGACAGGCUCCAGCCCAGCCACCCAUUGCAGAAGAGAUGGUCUGAUCAGGUUACCAGACCCACUAUGAGCUUACCAAACCCUCUCCACACUGCUGGCCUCCAUGGACCUGCUGAGAUGUACGGAAGUAACCAGACUGCAGUCAGCCCUCAGACUGUCUCCUUCAAGGCUGAGCGAGAGGAAGUCAGGAAGAGACUGUAUGCCAUUUUCAACCCAUAUCAUGUGGACAAAGUCAUGGGAAUGUUUCCAAAGCUGAAAGAUGCCCAGCAACUCGCAGCGAAAAUUGUCAAGCUCAAGUCCAAAGGAGACUUGUUGUAAUUGUUCAUGCCAGAAAUUAAACAAUUCCAUGGACCAUAGUGAAUAUAAAUUUUUCUGAGAUGAACAUGAGUUCUGGCCUAAAUAUAUGGAUCGUCAUUCUAGCAAAUAUUCUUUUAAUGCUGUAGUAGUUCUCGUUGCAUUUUUUUUUUUUUUUUUCUCCUGGACCAGACUUUGUUGUUAAUUGUGCUCAUCACAUCACAUGGUAAAUGUGACUACUAUGUAUGACAAGUAAGUCAAGUUGUAUAUUUCCGUACUUUCUAUAUCAUCCAUGCUUGUUGAUGCACAUUGCAUCUUUUGAAUAUUUCUAAUAUUCUGUAUGCUAUGGUACCAUUGUCCUCAGAGGUCUGUUAUUGCUGAGUGUAUCUGUCUGUUGUUUAAAUGACUUUGAAAAUAAUAACUACAGUAAUAACUUUAUGCAACCAUUGUGUUUGUAGAGCAGUUGCAGUUUUAACACAUGACACUGCUUCUUGUUAUAUGAAAAUGUCAUUAGGAACAAGCAUCAAACACCAAUGUUUUAAUUCAGUAAAUAAACACUAAUGUUGUUCAUUAUUUUAAUAUUGACAUGAUGCUGUUAACAUGUUUACAAGGUUGCAGGACAUUGUAUGGAGAUUUAUAGAGAUUAAUUCUUGACUGGACACUAAAUAUGAAUUGACUUAGUGCCACAUAAAUAAGUGUCGACUUAGUGCCGAAACAUAUUGCUUAUGCAAAGCUUAAAGUGAAUAUUUUGAAUACACUGGUGGAUCAGUAAUGAAGCACUUUACUGCAUCUUCACUCAUUAUGUGAAUAUGUCCUUGUGUACCCUUGUUUGUUUGUUUUUUUUCCUCAUUUGAAAAAAAAAACAUUUACUUGAAAAUCAUCUGUGCUGUGUGUUUUUUCAGCCAAUGGUGAGCUAUUAUGAUUUGGAUGAAUGUGAACAAUGGAGAAGAGUUCUCAGUUUUGCAGCUGACUGUCAUAGAAUUGCAAUGGAGAUAAUUUCUUUUACAGUUUGCUCUCUACAUUAAUAAAAGAUUGAGAAAUGCA